AUUAUAUAUUUUGCUUAAUCCAUCUUACCAACAUAUUAGAUUUUAUUUUUGAACAUAAUUUUUAUACUUAUGAAAAUAAAAUUUAUAAAAUUUAUAAAUUUAAUACAGUUUUAUUAUACUUAGCUCAAUAAAAAAUUUUCUUUUAUUAUGAUUGAUUAUGAUUAUAUAAUAUAUAAAAUAUUACAGAAUUUUUUAUUUUUAUUUUAUAAAUUAUUACUGAAUUUAUUAAUGUAUAAUAAUAUUUCAAACUAAUUUCAAAAUUAAUGAAAAAUAUUUAAAUAUAAUUUUGAAAAUGAAGAUCUUGUAAAAAUCUUUUAAAACAGAUUAGUUAGAUUUUUAAAAUAAAUAUAUUUAUAUUUUAAAUAAAAAGAUAUCAAUAGAUAUUAUGAUUAAAGUAUUUUAAAGAUUCUAUGUAUUAUUAUUCUUAAUAAAAUACAUUUAAUAAGAUUUCUAAGUGAUGGUCCAAAUAAAAAAAAAUCACACAUGAAAAAAAUCAUGACUUCUCUUUUAAUAUAUAAGAUGAAGCUAGUACUUUUUUUUUCAAUCAACAAUGAAGCUAGGGGGAAACGGCUUAUUCAUGUCCACAUUACCAAGACGGGAAAAUACAUACCUUAACUUUAUUAAUGUGCCAAAACAUUUCUAAAUUAAAUAGAAAUUUGAAUUGCAUACCUAAACUCAUAAUACAUAGAAAAACAUGCCUAUAGCCGGUUAUAUGAUGAUUUGGACUAUUUUUAUUUUAAAAUUUUGUAGUUUAGUCCCUAUAAUUUUAUUUUUCUUAAUAUGCCUUAAAUAACUUAACUAAUCAAAUUUAUCGUAUUUAUAAUUUUAAUUUGAAAAGUACAAUUUAAUUUAAUUAUUUAUCAGAAAUUUAGAUAGUUAUCAUAUACAAAAUAUUAAUUAAUUUAGUUAUCAAAGUAUGUCAUCUACCUUAUUAAAACAUGAGAAUUAAUUAUAAAUAAUCUUAUUCAUAUGUAAUAUUUACAAGAAAUACCACUCAAUUUAUAUUUAUAUAAGAUUUUAUUUACAAAUAUAGUCAUUCAAAUUUUAAUCAACAUAACUAAAAAUACUCUUUAGAAAUUUGAUUUUACAGUAGAGAUCUUUAAUAAUAUUACCCUUACUUAAUAAAAAGGAAAAAAUGGCUAGUUAACCAAAAAUAGUUUCGAACGCAACCUCUCAAGAAAAAAAUAUCGCACAAAACCAUUAGACCAUAUUACAUUAUUUUUAUUUUGCUACAAAACUAGUAUGUAAUAUUAAUAAUACACAAAAAGUUUACAAAACCAUUUCCCGAUUAAUUCUCGUAUAAUUACCGAAUAAUUGAUUCGGUGCUAGGUUAGGGUCAAGCGCACGCAUUAUGCCUAGCGUAAUUAACAUUGGUUUUGAUAACUACAAACAAAUAUUAUAAAUUUUUAAUUUUAUUUAUUGUAUAUAUAUCACGCAAGCACAUAAUAAGAUUUGCAAUUAAAAUAACCUAAGAAAAUAUAAAAAAUUAUUUUAUAAACUUUAAGACCUUUAGUGAGAAUAAAUUAGGCUUUAAAUUAUGAUAUUGUUUUUAUCUUGUUUUCUAUUUAUUUAAAAAAUUUGUAUCAAAUAUUUCAAUAUGAAAUAAUAAUAAUAUAUUUAUAUUAUUAAAUCUAUUUUAUUUGAUAAAAAAAAUAUUUUUAUUUUACAUAUCACAAUAUAUUAAAAUUUAUUUACAAUUUUGAAAUUAUAAAUAAGACCAAUUUGAUCUAAUUGUUUGAGUCACUUUACAAACAAAUAAAAUGACAAAGACUAAAAGAUAAUAAUUUUAAAAAGCAAAAUCAAUAUAUUUUAAAAUGUACUGACACGUGUCAAUUUCGAGGUAUGUUUUAGCUAUUUAUUAUGAGUUUAGGUAUGCAAUUCAAAUUAUUAUUUAGUUUAGGAAUGUUUUGGCACAUUAAUAUUGUUUGAGUAUGUAUUUUUUCUGGUUUCAUAGUGCGGACAUGAAUAAGGGGUUUUCUCAAUGAAGCUAGUAUAUAUAGAUACGUUAAAAAAGAAAACGUUUAAUGCUUUUUAACUCCACACAUUUCAAAUGCUAUUUUUCAUAAUGGAUUGAAACAGUUAAUGUAGUAUACUAAAGAAUCUAUUUUAAAUUCUUGUUAAAGUGAAAUUCAAGUCUAUUUUAAGAAUAACUAAUCAGUUAAAGAUAUGAUAACAUCAAUCAUUUUCUUCUUUUUUUUUUAACAACAACAUCAAUCAUUUUCUAUUAAAUUUGAAUCAGUCAGAUACUAAUUAUGCAGAUUUUACCAGAGCUAAUUUAUUUUGCAUGAACGGUUGAGAUUCAAAAUUUAACCACACGUGAGUAACAGUUAUGACACGAUGCCUCCAUCUCUCUCUCUUCCUGUUUCUCUUUAAGGUUUCUUCUUCCUUAUAUUUUUCUGAGAAACAUUGUCUCCGUCAUUUGUUCCUCAGUUUCUAUCAAUCCUCACGGUUCCUCAGGCACUGUAACAUCAUCGAAGAUUCAAAGAGAAAGCGAUCAGUGAUCUCGAACGAUCGUGGUACGGUUACUUCAAAUCAAUCUGAAUUAAUUAAUUCUUAGUUUUCUUAUUUUUAUUUCUAUAAUGAGAUUGAAUUGGCUGGAAAUUGUUAUAACAAAUAACUAAUUGUUCAUAUUUAUGGUGUUCUUUUGGUUAAAGAUGAUAUGAUCCGCUCAUUGUUUAAUUUAAAAGAUAGUUAUUAAAAAUCAAAUGGCGUACCACUUGUUUCUUGCGUCUUACGCUAAGAUCAUAUUCUCUGUUUCUUGUAGAACAAGAUUCGAGUAGUUAUGAUAGACAUGCACAACGUUUUCGUUGUUCUGACAAUAAUAAUUAUGUCUCAUUUCCAGAUAGUGUUGAUCUUGAGUGAGAAUGGCUUCGACACCUUGUGCAGCUUGCAAGCUCUUGAGACGAAAGUGCACUCAAGAAUGCGUCUUUGCGCCCUAUUUUCCACCAACUCAGCCUCAGAAGUUCAUAUAUGUUCACAAAGUCUUUGGAGCAAGCAAUGUAACCAAGAUCCUCAACGAUCUCCCACCUCCAAGCCGCGAAGACGCUGUUAACUCCCUCUACUAUGAAGCCGAGGCCCGUAUCCGUGACCCAAUCUACGGAUGCGUUGGUCUAAUCUCCUUCUUACAACAAUGUCUCAAGAAAAUCCAACAAGAUCUUGUCACUGCAAAAGAAGAGCUUGCUGGUUACAUUGGACCCGAUGCUGUGAAUCCACAACAGCCUUAUCUUCCUCCUCUGGCCAAUAACCCUCCACCCAAUUUCAUGAUGGCUAUGGAAGGAAUGCCCCAUGGAGUGGUCCCUCAAGGAGAACCGUUGAUCAUGCGCGAACCAAACAUGCCUCAGCAUCAACAUCAACCGCAAGAUGAGCAGAUGCAACUCAUGGGUACUGAUGCACAUAGAAUGGCUGCAAUGAUUUUGGAGAGAGGAGACCAGCAAGGGAUGUUCAACGGUUACGGGAUAGACAACAAUGGGUCGGUUACAGCCACUGGUUUUAACCAGAUGGAUGUGAAUGAUCACACAUCUGGUGGGUCGAUGUCUGGACCAUCUCUUGCUUUAGGAAGCUUUGGUGAUGCUUAUCAAAUGGGUCACGAGACAGAGCAUCACAUCAGUCAUGAUCAGCUUCAGACACAGCUUAUGCUUCAGCCUCCAUUACAGGAAGGUCAAGAGCAAAAUGAAGGACAGUUUCUGAUGCAGCCAAUGGGACAAGAGAAUCUCCAUGAAGAAGAGGAUGAGGAAGAGCUUGAGCCACCGGUUAAGUGGAGGAAAUCUGAGAGCAAGGAAGCUAGUUAUUAAUUAAGACCAAGAAAAUAAGACAUUUUCAUUUCAUGGAUAGUUACUCUUGAGGGUCUAAGUUGCUUUUUUAAUUUAAUAAAUGGCAUUUUUCAAUGAUUAACGUUUGAAACUACAGAUUCAACCGUCUAAAGCUGAAUAUGCAUCACUUUUUCUUAA